UGUCGAGCACUUUCCAAGUAGUAAACUAUGCUGUGAAAUGUUAUCUUGUUCUUCGAUCUCAUUGGGCCCCAUUUUCUUCUUCUUCUUCUUCUUCUUUUCCCCUUCAUCGUAUCCUAUCUCUCUCUCUCUCUCACAAGUCAUCUUCGUCUUCCUCUCUCUCUCGAAUCUUGUUCCUUUGCUCCUCUGCGUUUUUUUUACAUCUAUACUUCAUACAUCUUGAGGUCGGUGUUUGAGUUUUUUCUUUGAUCGGUGAGAUCUAAUCGUAGUCGGUGGAGCCUGGUUUGGUGGGCUCUUUCAGUUCAUAGGAUUCUGAGGUUUAUUAUAUUACUGGGAGGGGUUUUAUUAGGGGUUUGAGGGGUGAUGAAGAGAGGGAAAGAAGAGGAGGAGAAGAAACUGGAACCAAUGUUUCCUCGACUUCAUGUGAACGAUGCAGACAAAGGAGGAGGACCUCGAGCUCCUCCUAGAAACAAGAUGGCUCUCUAUGAGCACCUCACCAUCCCUUCUCACAGGUUUACUGAUCAUCAUAGUUCCUCGCCACGUCACACCAACACUCUCUUUCCUCCUCCUCCUCCUGUACCAUCUAACCAGCCUUGUGGUGUGGAGAGAAACUUGACUUCCCAGCAUCUUGAUUCUUCAGCUUCUGGCCAUGUAACCCAAAUGUCCUCCAUGGAAUAUGUGACAACUUCAGCACAUCGUCGUCGUGAUCAAAGGAAAACGCUAAGAGAGGAAGAUGAUUUUGCGGUUCCUGUAUAUGAUAAUGAUAGCUCAACAAGAUUUCAGUCUCCUGGUAGAAGAAACGGUGAAAAACGCACCACUUUGUUUGGAGACCAGGCUAAGGGUAGUAGUAGCAGCAAAAGGCAUGGAAUGGAUCUUGAAAAGUCAGCAUCGGGUUGUGAAAGAGUUAAUGCUUCCUUGUUGAGACAAGAGUCUACAAGUAGUAGGUUAGAGUUAGACCAAGAUGGUGAUGAAACUGGAGUGAUGGAAACUGAUGAUGGAGUUGAAUCUCAUGGCGAUCCUAAUGACGUGGACAAUGAUGAUGUUUCUGAUGAUUCGAUAUCCAGCGUAGACGUCUCUCCCGAUGAAGUUGUGGGAGUAAUAGGUCAAAAACGUUUCUGGAGAGCUAGGAAAGCUAUUGCCAACCAACAAAGAAUAUUUGCGGUUCAGCUAUUUGAGUUGCACAGGCUGAUUAAGGUUCAAAGACUUAUUGCUUCAUCAUCGGAUGUCUUGCUCGAUGAGAUCAGUUAUCUUGGAAAUGUUCCAGUGAAGAAGCUUCUUCCCUCUGAAUUUAUAGUAAAGCCUCCUCCUCUACCACAGGUUACCAAACACAGAAGGGGCGACUCGGAGAAGACUGACCAAGAUAAAAUGGAAUGCUCAGCUGAGAACGUAGUCGGGAAGUCGUCAAACCAAGGUCAGCAGCAUCAACCGUCCAACUACAUGCCUUUUGCGAGCAACCCACCAACAGCUGUAAAUGGAUGUUACUAUCCUCCUCCUCCCUCUGGAGGAAAUCAGCAAUGGUUGAUCCCUGUAAUGUCUCCUUCCGAAGGACUAAUAUACAAGCCUCACCCUGGUCCAGGGCCGCCCGUCUGUGGAGGCUAUUAUGGUCAUUUUAUGCCUGCACCGAUGAUGAUGGGUAGUUUCAUGGGCGGUGGUCCACCUCCGUUUCACCCGGGCGUUGGCAAUGGCUACUUCCCUCCUUAUGGUAUGAUGAACCCUUACGGUUCAGGCCAUCAACAACAACAGCAGCCCAGUGAGCAAAUGAAUCAGUUUGUGCAUCCUGUGAACACCCAACAACAGAGCUCCGUCAAUGAAGCGAUCUCACAACAACAGCCAACAAAAUCUUAUCCACGGGCUAGAAAGAGCAGGCAAAGGAGCACAGGAAGCAGUCCAAGGGGUCCAGAGGGGAUCUCUGAUACGAACUCCUUUCGGCCAUUUUCAGUGGUUGAUGAUGAUGACAACAACGAGCCUGAGCAAAUGAUGACGACUACCACAACAACAACGAGAACAACUGUUACUCAGACAACAAGAGAUGGAGGUGCGGUGACGAGAGUGAUCAAGGUGGUUCCGCACAACGCCAAGCUGGCGAGUGAGAAUGCUGCUAGGAUUUUCCGGUCGAUACAAGAAGAACGUAAACACUACGACUCCUUUUCUAACCACUCUUAAGCUUUGUCCUUUUCGUAAUCUGUGUUUGCGACUGACUAUAUGUAUCUUUUUCUUUUUUGAUCAACUUCUCUAUAUGUAUCUUAAAAAGUAGAAAAUUGUGAUACAUGUUAUUCUCCAAGUAUUUACAAUGUAAACUUCUUCAAGCCUUGAAACGUCAGAGAAACACAUGUAUAUAUCAAUGACUUUUUCCCAA